UAAAAAUACAGAUGCAUUUUAUAUGUAUUAUAAGGUGGGACUAAUUUCUGUUGCUAUUGCAGUGCUGAUGAAUGGGUGUGUAGCAAUGGAGGCGGCGGGAAUUGUUGGGAUGGAAAUAGAUUCGGCUAUUUUACCCCCGAAAAAGCAAAGAUCGUACAAUGAAACAACAAUUCAACGAAGCCGUUCUUCUCUUGAGCAGAUGCUUUCCAUGGGGUUUUCAAAACAAAGAGCACAAAAGGCUUUGGCGGCAACUGGAGACAAAGGAGUGCAAUUGGCUUCAGAUUGGUUAUUGUCACACGUCCACGAUCCAUUGCUUGAUGAUGAUAGCCCAAGGGAGUACAUUGUUUAUCUUUGUCCAGUUGGUGAACUUCAAAAGCAAUUACUCGAUAUGUGGAGGAAAAGCAAGCAGUGUGGCUGGAUGGCAUCUCAUAAUUACUUUCCUCACGUUACGCUUUGUAGUUUCUUUAAAGCGGAAAACCAUCAAGUCGCUAAACUACACGCAGCUCUAAGAGUUUCGGCGGAAUCGCUAAAUAAAGACGUCACAGAAAUUAAGUUAGAUUACUUUUCCAGUUGUAAUUUUAUAGGUCUAUUUAUCGAUGAUAAAGCUAUUGAUGGAUUGGUUCAAGUUAUGUCUCAGUUUGAAAAAAAAGCAGCUUCUUUCGGUGUUCAGAUACGAAAGAAAAAAGAUCUACAUUUAUCUUUAGCAUAUCAAUUUAUGCCUGAAAAGAUUGAAAGACUAGAAUAUCUUGCAAGAUCUAUAGAACUUGAUGCUCCGUGUCGCUGGGAUAUUAGAUUAUAUUCAAGGGAUUCAAGAAUAGCCCAUUGCUCGCAAUUGAGAAGAGUUAUUCAUCCACACUUUCCUCGGGAAAACGAUGAGCUUCAAUUAAUAGAAGGUGACUUUCUCAGCUUGCAGGCCGAUAAGGCUGUCGAUGAUAAUCUCGAUGAAUGGUACGAAGGAACAUCUUGGUUGACCGGUUGUUCUGGUCUCUUUCCCGGAAACUUUACAGAAAAAACAGCUGCUAGUGAAACUUGGACAAUGCACAGAUCGUAUCCUAUAAUCGGAUCCAGUGGAGAGUGGAAAAGAGUCGAUGAUCAACAAGAUAUUGCAAACUGGGAUGAAACGAGCUCUUUGUAUGAGAGGGUUAAGCGGAGUACGCUAUCUCUUAAUGAACCAACUGAGAGGAUUCCAUCACCACAUUUAUUGAAACCUGUAGAUGGAAAAGCGGCUGUUUUCAACAACUUUGAACCAUUACCUCUAAAAACUUCUUCUCAAGGACCUAGGCAAUUGUACAUAGUAAGACAUGGAGAGAGAAUCGAUUUUACAUUUGGUAAAGAAUGGAUAGAUGUUUCCUUUGAUGCAUCCGGAAAUUAUAUCAGACAUGAUCUCAAUAUGCCACGAAGUUUGCCGAAGAGAGCACCUCAGGAUUUUCAACAUGAUGCUCCUUUGACAAUACAAGGCACAUUCCAGAGUAGAAUUCUUGGCGAAGCCCUCAAAGAUAUGUCGAUUAGCAUUGAUCAUGUGUACGUUUCGCCAUCUCUUAGGUGUGUUCAAACGGCUGCGUGUUUAUUGGAGGCAUUGAAUCUCGAGGAUAAACUGCUAAAUAUUGAACCUGCUUUAUUUGAAUAUAUGGGUUGGUACCCGAGUACAUCACCAGUUUGGAUGAAUAGUAACGAACUAAGAAAAGCUGGUUAUAAAGCAAAUCUAGAAUACGUCCCAGCAAAAAUUAAAUUGAAUACGAACGAAACAAUAGACACCUUUUACAAAAGAAGUUAUUCAAUCAUUAAAAAAAUUUUAUCUGAAACAGAAGAUAAAGGUGGUAAUGUCCUUGUAGUGGCUCAUGCGCCAUCCUUAGACAGCUGUACAAGGCAGUUAGUAGGACGACCUCCAAGAACCCAAUCGGAAAUGCAUGAAGUCCUAACCAAGAUACCUUACUGUUCUGUUGCCGUUUGUCAACAAGAUUUAAAUAUUGUUGAUAAAUGGCAACUGAUUGAACCUCCAAUAAUGACUUUUGCUCACACAAGUAACCCAAAAUACGUUUGGAAAGCAUUAACAAAUUAAAAUAGCGCUUUAAAUUCAAUACAAAUUAAAUAUUUUUAUUUGACGAAAGGCUAAUAAAUAUUCAAAUAGUGAAUUAUUUAAAUUU